AUGUCUGCAAAUGCCAAACCACGUCCUAAGCCAUGGGAAACCAGUGCUCCAUUGGACGGAGGCGUUUCUUCGCCAGAUUUGGGGUCGAUGACUAGGGUAGCUACCGGAGCUAACGACCACGAUGUACCGGACUCUUCGCCAGACGCUCCACCAAGACCAGCCGCUAUGAAUACUGAGAACUUGAAUGAUCCUAUGUCCUCUUCAUACAGAAACGGUCAAUAUGGUGGGAAUUAUGGGGCUGGGAUAUAUGGUAACUCGAUGAUGGGAAAUGGACUCUAUGGUGGCAAUUCGAUGUUUGGCGGAGGUUAUGGAUCUAUGCACGGCAGUGGUUACGGAUCUAUGUAUGGUGGUGGAACUUAUGGCUCGUUGUAUGGUAACGGAUACGGCGGUGGAUACAUGGGAGGAAUGAAUGGAGCACAAGGAUUGGGUGAAUCAACGCAGGCUACUUUCCAACUGAUUGAAAGUCUGAUUGGAGCAGUUGCUGGUUUCGCACAGAUGUUAGAGUCUACUUAUAUGGCUACACACAACUCGUUUUUUAGCAUGAUCUCCGUGGCCGAGCAAUUCUCUUACUUGAAAGAGAUCCUGGGAUCCUUCUUUGGUAUCUUUGCAAUGAUGAAGUUUCUGAGGAGGGGAUUAUAUUAUCUUACAAGAGGUAGAAUAGGCACACCGCCCAAAUCGAUCUCCAAUAAGAGCAAGGAUGGGAAAUCUAAAAAUUCUCGUAUGCUAGAAGAGUUUGAAAGAUUCAAAAACAAUGAGAAAGGUGAACCUAAGAAGAAAAGAAUAUCCUGGAAACCACUGAUUUUUCUUCUAGCGGCAGUAUUUGGUUUCCCUUACUUAUUGAACAAAUUCAUUGCCAAAGUACAAAGCAUGCAAAACAUGAGAAUAGGUUCUCAGCCAAACCAACAGAUAGACCCAUCAAAACUAGAAUUUGCCAGGGCCCUAUACGAUUUUACCCCAGAGAACCCUCAAAUGGAAGUCACAUUAAAGAAAGGCGACCUAAUGGCAAUUAUGAGUAAGCAAGACUCUUUGGGAAGAGACUCUGAGUGGUGGAAAGUACGGACGAAGAGUGGCGACAUCGGUUAUGUGCCUUUCAAUUACAUAGAGAUCAUAAGGAGACAAAAGAAGAUCGAACGAGUUCAGGAUGAACUAAAUGAAUUGCAACAGAUUUAA